AUGUCUUGGGACGACGAAGAUUUUGAUAUUCCAGCCAAAAGCACCAAUGCCCCAGCUGCAUCCUGGGAAGACGAAGAAGAUGACGAUUCUCCAAUUUUAGAAUCUUGGGAUAUUGAUGAAGAUGAAAUAGCAAGAAAGAAAAAGGAAGAAGCAGAUAGAAUAGCUAAAGAAAAAGCAGAAAUAAAGAGAAAAGAAGAUGAAGCAAAAUUGAAAAAACAAGCUAAAUUAAAAGAAAUUGAAGAAUUUGAUAGUUUGGAUCCUGAAGUUCGUAAAAAAUUAUUAAUGAAAGCUGAAUUGAAUGCUGAUUUAAAUAAUGCUGCUGAUUUAUUCGGUGGAUUAGGAGUUACUGGAGAUAUCGAUGAUGAUGAUUUUGAUAUCAAUGCUCAUCCAAGAGAAAGAGCUAAUAAAUUAGCUCUUGAAGCCCAACAAAAGAAACCAGUCUUAACUAAAGAUACUCCAUUGGAAGACCAUCCAUUAUUUCAACCAACUAAUAAGCAAGAAUUUGAAAAAUUAAGAAAGGCAGUAGGUACCUCAUUAACUGGAUUAGCCGAAGAUUCUUCAUUAUUAUAUGCAUCAAGUUUAGCAAUUGAUUUAAUUAGGGAUUUAUCUCAACCUUUAUCAGUUGAAAAUCUUAGAAAAGUUAUUUCCACAUUAAAUGUUGUCAUCAAGGAUAAGGAAAGACAAGAAAGACAAGCCAGAAUGAAAAAGACUGGUGGUACUGCCACUGGUGGGGCUGGUAAAAAGAAGGCUAAGCCAACCGCUAGACCAAAUGUUGGAUCCAUGAAAAAGAAUGAAUUUGAAGAUAUGGAUGCUGGUGAUUUUGACGAUCUUGGUGAUGAUGAUUUCAUGUAA